CAACCACCACGGCGAGAAAUGGAAAAAGGAAUAUAUACAGACAUAUAACAAGUCCAAAGGCUUCAAAAUAAUGGUCUGGGCAUCGAUUUGGGGGGGAAACCGGUCAGAUAUCGUGAUAAUGGAAGCGGACGAGAAUUCAAAGCGCCAGGGCUACUCGCGCUUCUCAUAUCUCAAGAUGCUACAGGAGCAACUACCUACAAUUUGGGAACCAGGCUUAUUAUUCAUGCAAGAUAAUGCCUCUAUACAUACAGCAACAGUGGUCAAGAAAUGGUUGAAUAGCGAAGCAAUUCCUCUACUAGAGUGGCCAGCUAUCUCACCUGAUUUGAACCCCAUUGAGCACGCGUGGAAUCGACUAAAAGAAACGAUCUCUGACAUUGAUCUGGCCCUAGCGAUGUAUACAGGAGAUCAAGGCGAGUUAUAUAAGCGCUAUCUUGAUACAAUUGAUACAGCGUGGGCGAAGAUAUCGCAGGAAUACUUUGACGGGUUGAUUGAAUCGAUGCCACGGCGCGUAAAGGCUUGUAUCGCUGCUCGUGGCUGGUAUACUAAAUAUUGAUCGCUAAAACUAACAUUAAUCGAUUCAUGGAGAUCUGGCGAUUAAGAAUAUAUUUUUAAAAUAAUUUUAUUCCCUAAUUUGGAUGUGUGCUG